UCUUAGACUAGAAGGUAUGGGGGCCGGCUUGGCCCGGCUUGGCCCGGCGCCGGACCCCCACACCGCCCCCCUCUUCCGGCUUCCGUCACAAACGGCGACCCACAGCCGGGUCCGCCGUGCCUCCUUCUUCCUUUUCCUCUCACAUAUACCUAUACAUAUAUACAUAUAUAUACAUAAAGGGGUUCAUCCCCACCCCCUAGGUCCAUCCCCUCCAAGCCACUCCUACGUGGCGCCUAUGUGGCGGCUCAUCCCCUCCAAGCCCAUCCAAACCAUACCUUCUAGUCUUAAUAUCUCCAUCUUCUUCACCACACACACCCACUCUCUCUCUCUCUUACUCUUUCUCUCUCUAAAAGUUUCUUGAUUACAGAGCCUUUUAAUCAAGCUUAUCCAUUUUAUCUCCAUACAAACUCCUCCAACUGUCACCGUCGGAUCUCUUCCUCUCCGAUUUCUCUCUCUCUCUCUCACUCCUACUUUCUCUCUCUAGGUUAAUCUUUCCUGUUUAAUCUCCAAGAUUCAGUCUUUUCAUCUGGGUUUGUGUAAUCCAAUCAUGGGUGUCACUUGAUUUGAAGUGGGUUUUUGUUUUUUUCUUGAUUUGAAAUCUGGGUCUUGUGAAAUCCUUCGUAAAUCACUGUUUUUUGUUUCAUUUAUGCUAACCCAAUCAAGAAUCUUGAAACGUGAUAAAGUUAGGGUUUUUAUUUGAUUUUUUUUUUGGGUAUUUUGUUUCCUGAAAUCUUGAAAUUUGGUCUUGUGAAAUACUUUAUAAAUCAUUGUUUCAUCUUCCGUUUAUAGUUACCCAAUCAAGAAUCUUGAAAUUUAAUAAAGUUAUGGCUUUUAUUUGAUUUUUUGGGGUUUUUUUUUUUUUUUUUUUUUUAAUUUCCUGUCUGCAAAAUACCCUUUUUUGAAUUUUGAAUUGGGGAUUCUGUUUCUUGAAAUCUUGAAUUUUCUUGAAUUUUUAAUAAUUUUAUUCUAUUAAACCAUCCGAAAUUAUUUACGGAAUGACAGAUAAACGGGCAACAAGCUGCAACGGCAGUCAGCGUGUUCACGGCAUGUCAGACGUCGUUUUUGAGUGCGUAUUAGCGUACAUAGACGACUCACGUGACCGACAAUCGAUAUCAUUGGUCUGCAAGAGGUUGAACGAACUCGAAGCGCAGACGCGUAAGCACGUGACAAUAGCUUUAUGUUACACAGCCACACCCAAACAGUUACUGAGGCGGUUUCCGUUCGUUGAGUCGGUUAAACUGAAAGGGAAGCCACGGGCCGCCAUGUAUAAUUUGAUACCGGAGGAUUGGGGCGGGUUUGCUACGCCGUGGGUGGAGGAGCUUUCGAAAUCUUUUAGUUGCUUAAAGGGUGUGCAUUUUAGAAGGAUGAUUGUGAAAGAUGAGGAUCUUGAAUUGUUGGCACGUGAGAGGGGGCAUGUGCUUCAAGUUCUUAAACUUGAUAAGUGUUCUGGAUUCUCUACUGAUGGGCUUGCACAUGUUACUCGUUCUUGCAGGAACCUUAAAGUCCUGUUUUUAGAAGAAAGCCAAGUGAUAGAGAAGGAUGGAAACUGGCUACACGAGCUCGCCUCGAACAACACUCAACUCGAAACACUAAACUUUUACAUGACCGAUCUUUCACUAGUCAGUUCCAACGAUCUUGAGCUAAUAGCGAAAAGAUGCAAGUCUUUAGCAUCGGUCAAAAUAGGCGACUGUGAAAUCUUGGAUCUUGUUGGUUUCUUUCGCUUCGCGGGUUCGCUUGAAGAAUUCAGUGGCGGUUGCUUUAACCACCAUGCCGAGGAGUAUGCUUCUCUAGCAUACCCCCAAGGAUUGCGUCGGUUAGGUCUUAAUUACAUGAGUACCAAUGAAAUGCCCAUCGUGUACCCCUUCGCCUCACGUCUUAAAAAACUCGAUCUCCUUUAUGCCCUUCUUGACACCGAAGAUCACUGCGUGUUGCUCCAACGGUGUCCGAAUUUAGAAGUUCUUGAGACAAGAAAUGUGAUUGGAGACAGGGGAUUGGAAGUUCUAGCAUGCUCUUGCAAGAAACUAAAGCGGCUAAGAAUCGAACGAGGAGCCGAUGAACAAGAAUUGGAAGACGAAGAAGGCGUUGUUUCUCAAAGGGGAUUAACCGCGAUAGCCCAAGGUUGUCUCGAGUUAGAAUACAUUGCUGUAUACGUAUCCGACAUCACAAACGCCGCACUAGAAACCAUGGGAACGAACUUAAAAAACCUCUGCGAUUUCCGUAUGGUUUUACUCGAUAAAGAAGACGUUAUUACCGAUCUGCCACUCGAUAACGGAAUCCGUUCGUUACUAAGUGGCUGCAACAAACUCAGAAGAUUCGCACUCUAUCUUAGGCCCGGAGGGCUAACCGAUGUGGGUUUGACUUAUAUCGGUCAACACAGUCAGAAUAUACGAUGGAUGUUACUCGGGUAUCUUGGCGAAUCGGAUACCGGGCUUCUCGGGUUCUCUAGAGGCUGCCCGAGUUUACAAAAACUCGAAGUACGAGGGUGUUGUUUCAGUGAAAAAGCGCUUGCGAUGGCGGUUUUACAGUUGCGAUCGUUAAGGUACUUAUGGGUACAAGGGUAUAGGGGAUCUAGCACCGGAUUUGAUCUGUUAGCGAUGGCCCGACCGUUUUGGAAUAUUGAAAUAAUCCCGCCACGAAAGGUUAGCUCGGGAGAAGGUAAAGAGCUCGAACAUCCUGCACAUAUACUCGCGUAUUACUCCCUUGCUGGACCUAGAACCGAUUUUCCACCUUCGGUCAUCCCACUUGACUACAUUGGUUAAUAGAUUUGUACACUUGGUUUUGUUUUUCGUUUGGUUUUGUUGUAUCGAGUAGUCGUAUUGUUAGUUUUGUUACUGUUUGUAAUCGUUUGGUUUGGAGACGGGUGUGACAUAAAUUUACCAUCUUGAUAGAUUUUGCGCGA